GCAAGCUACACAAUCUUAUCCGAGCCUUGGAAGACCCCGAACCAGCAGCAGACCCUCUCUCCCAACUCAUCCCCGCACCUGCCACGGCCGCUGGCCAGUCAGGGUCCGCCACGUGUCCCCCUCCCGGCAGCGGGCUUGGCUUUGGCAUUGGGCUGGACGUGAUCUUGCCAGAGCAGCCUGCUACAGACGCUACAGCCGAUGCUGCUGCAGCCACAGGAGACGCUACAGCUGCUGCUACAGCCGGGGGAGGAGCAGGAGGAGGAGCAGGAGGAGGAGCAGGGGGUGGAGGGGGGCCAGCAAGUGUGCCUGCAGUAUCUGCCCGGACCGAUUCCCAAGGCUCGGUGGCUGCUGCAGCUGCGGUGGCGGGCUUAGCUUCGGCAACAGGUUCGGCGGGAGUGGGAGUGCUGGCCAUGCAGGGGGCAGCAGGGUCUCCUGUGCACACCCCUCCUCUCUCCCCCCGCUGGACCCGCUCCUCCUCUAGCCUUGGCCUCUCCGCCGCUGCUGCUGCUGCUGCUGCUGCUGCUGCUGCUGCUGCUGGUGGUGGUGCAUCGGUGGCAGCAGCAAGGGAAGGUGCCGGUGCUGCUGGUGCAUUGGAAGCAGCAGCAGCGGCAGCAGCAGUUGAAGAGCUCUCUGAAGGAGGUUCAGCCAGGUCUGCCUCCCUCCCUCUUCCCUCCACUGCUGUUACUACUUCCUCCUCUGCUGCUGCUCCGUCUCCCCUUUCAGGACUAUCGCGCUCCUCUGUAGGCGCUGUCAGCAUGCCCCCUCCCUCCACAACCACCACCAUCACAAGCACCCCAUCUGCUGCUGCAUCUGCACGCGUAUCUGCUCCUCCAGCUCCAGGUGCUUCCUCAGGUGGGAAUGCCAGAGCGUCUGCCCCGCUCCCUCCUGUGCUGCGAUCCUCCAUGCCCAGUCUCUGGCCUUUCUCUUUCAACUCUGCAAACGCCAAGCAGGCUGCUGCUGCAGCAGAGGGGCAGAAUGUAGUUGGGCUUCAGUCCCUUCUAGGGUCUAGCACUGGCAGAGAAGCAGCAGGAGCAUCAAAAGCAGCAGGAGCAGCAGCAGGAGGAGCAGGAGGGACCGGAGGGGGAGGAGAAAGGGGUGGAGAAAAGGGAGGAGGAACGGCAGGAGCAUUAUCAUCAUCAGCAACAGCAGCGGCAGCAGCAGGGUUGCGAGGGCCAGGGAAGCAGCCUUGGGAUCAUCCCAAGGGUUACCUGCCAGUCUUCUUGAACUACGUGGUUCAAAUUGGGGAUAUAGUCGACGACAGUGACCCCAGCCACCCCUUUAACUACUUCUCUUUACUAAACAUCGACCCGGUGGAGCUUUUAAGAGAGCUUGUGUUUGUGAGAGGGGAUAUUGCUGCUGCGUUGCAUGUGGCUGGGAUCAUGGGUCGGGAAUCCCUACCUGCUGAUAUCAUCCCCGCAGCUCUCCCGAGCCUGCUGCCGCCUGUGCCGAGCCUGAAGCUCUGCUCCGUGGCUCGGCGCUUCCGAAGCAGACUGCUGGGCAGGUCCGGAGGAGGACCAGGGCAGGGUAGGCCCGGUAGGAGCAAGGUAGCAGGAGGAGUGGGAGGGGUGGAAAGUGCGGAGAAGCUUCUGGUGCCUUCUCCGUAUGAGCCGCCGCGAUUUGCACUGAGUAUGGAUGUGGUUCAGCUGCUUGCGAGAGAUUCCAUGGUGCAUGCUGUCCUAAGGCUGCUUCUCUUCGCCUGUCUCUUACUCCCCUCACUUGGACACCCCCCGCUUCCUCCCCUCAGCAUUCCAAUCAUCCACCGGUGGGUCACUCUGCAAUCUGCCAUUCACUCUAUCGCCAUUGCUGCUGCUAAAGCACCCUCUCGCCCUCCGAAGCAGCAAGCAGCAGCAGCUGCAGCACCACCACUAGGAGGAGCCGCAGCAGGUGGGGAGGGCACAGUGGGGGAAGGAGUCAGAGGCGGGCCACUGGGUGCAGGGGUUGCAGGGAUGGUGGGGGUUGCACAGCCAAGGGGAUCAGAAGAGGGAGGAAUGCCAAUAAGGCAACAGGAGGCAUUGAGAGAACAGCCCUUGGGUCGGGACAGCUCUAGCCUUGGAGGGACCUUGGCUGUGCAUUCGCCUGGUAACAGUAGCAGGAAGGGCGGUAGGGGGUUUGCAGGGUCAGCUCUGCUGCUUGCAGGGCAAGAAGGAACACCAAGGAGAGUGAGAGGUGCGAGAUUGCCUGGAGCAGGGGGGGUAGCAGCAGAUGGUAUCGGUGGGCCGGUGGUGGGUAAAGGGCCGGUGGUGGGUGAAGGACAGGUGGUUGAAGGAGGAGGAAGAGGCACAAAACGGCCUCUUGCUGUUGAAAUGGAUGCUGUUGAGGUGGGAAGCGGGGAGGGGGUUUCUGAGAGAAGGGGGUUUCUGUCUAUGGGGGAAACAAGACACGCGAGUGCUGGUGUUGCUGAGAGAAGGGGAGCAGGGGAGGAUCCAGCUCAGGGGGAUCCCAGCUCAAUGCCAGACCAACGAGGGUUGGCAGGAGAGGAGGGAGGAGCGACAGGAGGAGUGAGGGAGGAGCAGGGGGCUUGUGAAGGGGCAGCAGGGGUAGCAGGGGCGGAAGGGGCAGCAGGGGUAGCAGGGGCGGAAGGGGAAGCAGGGGUAGCAGGGGCGGAAGGGGCAGCAAGGGUAGCAGCAACAGCAGGGGCGGCAGAGGUAGCAGGGGCAGCAGCAACAGCAGGGGCAGCUGUGGCAGGUGGUCGGCUGGAGGCUCUGUUGACAGAGUGGGAGGAUUUGCGGCCUGUGAGGAUUCACCUGGAGAGCCUGAUUGCUGACUCGCGGUUGGCCGAAGCCCUUGAGCUGGCAGACACGUGGCUGCCUGAGGGGGCGCCAGAUCACCUGCUGUGUCUGCUCGUGGAGCAGGCAGAGCGCUCUGAUGGUGCUACUGCUGCUCACACGCACACAGCAGGAGCAACUGGAACAUGGACGGCAGGAGCAGGGGCAGGGACAGGAGGAGACAUGAUGCGGUUUCCGAAGGUGCCUGUAACACAGGCAAGCAGGGUGCAGCAGAAGAGUCCAAGGAGUGGAGGAGUUGGGUUUGCAGGUUCUGCGGCUGCUGGUGGUGGUGCUGGUGGGGGGAGUGAGGCAGGGGGUCGCACUGGCAGUGUGGGCAAGGCCGUGGGGAAGCCGGUAACAGCGGGUGACAGCUGGCGGUUUGUGAUUCGCGUGGCUGACAAGGAGCUUGCAGCGGCGCUGGCUCUGAGGUACCACCACAGCUGGCAGCUGUCACCCAUCCACACCGUGUUCAACACCUGCCUCUCACACCUCCCUACACACUCGCCCCUGCGCUCUCAGAUCCUCACCUGCAAGUCAUCUGUGGAUCAGUACACUCGCAUCCGCUCCAUUCUCAACGACAGAACCCUUGCCACGUGGCAGCAGGUUCGCGCGCUCUGCUUCCGCGAUCCCGAGUCAGUUUGUCGCCAGCUAGCUGCUAAGGGAGCAGUCAAGGAGGCAGGUGACUCGGGCCCUGCAGUGGGAAUGAGAUAUCUGGAGAGAUUGAUGUUGGAAGGGGCAAAGGAGCGUGAUAGCAGCAGGCACGCGGGUCAGGAAGACAGGGUCGGCAUGGAUGGUGGUUCUGCUGCUACUGGUGAUGGGUCUGGUGUGGCUGGUGUUGGUGGUAGCACUGGUGCUUCUGCUUCCACUGCCGCUCCUGCUGGUGCCGGUGCUGCUUCUGGCGGUGGUGAUAGGAGGAGCGGAGAAGAGGGGGUGGAAGCAAGGGGGAGAGUGGAGGGCAGGGAGGGAGUGAUGGGUGUUGUGCUAUCGGCCAUGCAGUGGGCUCCGUCCCUGCACGCCAAGAAGCUCAUCGUACGUAUCCUCAUGCGCUUGCCUCUUUCCAUCCAUGUGACUAGCCACCUCACCUCACCUCACCUGCCUAUCGGCCAUGCGGUGGGCUCCGUCCCUGCACGCCAAGAAGCUCAUCCAGAGGCAAGUUUGCCUUCUGCUGACGUGGCAGACGCCAGGCAGCUCCAACUAGGCCUGCAGCUUCUGGGAACCUUCCCGACGGAGUGGCAGCAGCGGCUGGGAGGGCAGCAUGUGGCUGUGCUGCUGCAGCCGGAGCUUAUAGUGGAGAGCCUUAUAAUGGAGAAACACACCUCCCUGCUGCCACAGAUCUUCGCCAAGUUUCCAGCCCUUCGCAACGACACUCUUCUCCUCUCCUACGCACGCAAAGCCCUCCUCCCCUCCCCUCUCUCCCCCUCCUCCUCCUCUUCCUCCUCCGCCUUCGCCUCUUCCUCUCCCUCCACCACCCACCCAUCUGCCACCUCCCCUCCUCCUCCCCCUCCUCCUCCUCUUCCCCACCAAAACUCCCUCCGCUCCUCCGCUGUCCCCCGGCCGCCCUCCGUCCCUCCCGCACCCAUCACCAGCAGCUUUCUGCGCAUUCAGCAGCAAGCUUCCCGCGUCUUCCCUUGGGGGGGAUCCUCUGGUGGUGGUGGUGGUGGUGCUGCUGCUGCUGCUGCUGCUGCUGCUGCUGCUGCUCCUUCUAGCGAUGUCUUUGCAAGCCCUGUUCCAUCCCCUCGUGGUUCCCAUGGGUUAGGAUGGAUAGGAGGAGGGAGAGGAGGAGGAGGAGGAGGAGGAGGGGGAGGAGUGGGAGUGGGGGUGGGGAAAGGGAGUGGGGGGACAGUGGGGGUUGAUCGCCCGCCGACGCUUGCAGAGGCAGCAAAGUCACGGCUUUCAUCCUCCAUUUCUCUGGAUUCUCCUGCUCGUACCUCUGCCUCUCACUCUGCUGCCUCUGCUGCUGAUGCUGCUGGUCGUAGUGGUGCUUCUGCCUCUGGUGGUGGUGGUGGUGCUGCUGCUGCUGCUGCUGCUGCUGGUGCAACCCGUUUUGGAGCACGAGGGAGGACAGUCAGCAGCGGCACUGCUAGCCUGCAAACCAGCCCGUGUCCAGGUUCACUGAACCAGCCACAUGGCACAGGCACCGCUACAGCCGCUACAGCUGCUAGAGCAGCCGGCGCCCAUUUGGAAGUUUCCGGGCGGCAUCUAAAAUCCGCCAUUACAAUAAGCUCCAUGUCACUUCCUGAGCUGAUUGGCCAGCCUGUCGGGUACCUGCCAGGUGGCCGCACGGGAUUGGACGAGGUGUGCGAGGAGGGGGGUGGAGGAGGGGAGGGCGAGGAGGGAGAGGAGGAGGCAAUGGGGAGGCUAGGAGCGCGGGACAUGCAGCAAGGAGCGAUCUUGAUAGGGGAAGAGAAUCAGGAUAGUGAAACGAGAGCGCACCAUGUGUUUCCAGACACGCCAGAUGUUUCUUUAUUCCAGUCGCUUGCUUCGCUGUGUUCUAGAAGAUUCUCGGUGGUGAAGGGGCUGCUGGCAGUGGUGGUGGAACAGGCUGGCGUGGCUCUGGCCAAGGAGAGUGUGCCACGUGGCACCAGCCUGCUGUCGCUGACUCAGACCGCCUUCCUCUCGAAAGCCUACCUCAAAGCACUCACCAUUGUGAGAGACCUUCUCUUGGCAUACCAGACGCAGCUUGCCAAGCCUGGACCUGCCACCCGAACCACAGGCUCGGCACGCGAGCCACCAGCCCAGGUCCGGGCAAGAGGCUCGGCGCAGGUUCGGGGGCGAGAUCCGGCGCAGGUUCGGACACAGCUGAAGGUGCUGAAGCAGCUGCUGGUUCGGGCAGAGGCUUGGAUCGCACGGGUGAAGCUUCUGAGAAGGUUCCUGGCGGAUAAUGUGGGGGUGGGGAUUGACGAGCUUGGUGGGGGUGACCCUGACUUCCAGCCUGGUUCUCCUGGGUUAUUUGCCUCUCUGUACAUUCACUCAGUGAUGGGAGGAGGAGAGAAGGGCGGGGCAGCAUGGGCGAUGUCCCUCAUUCGAGUGAAGAACUACACCCAGGCGCGGCACAUUCUAGAGCGACUCUUCCUCUUCCUCAACCCAGCCUCCUCUUCAGCUCCAACCACCGCUUCUGCUGCUUAUGCUACUUCUGCUCCUGCUGCCGCUCCAGCUGUUGCAAGCACUUCUGGCAGGCGCGUUUCCUCCUCCUCCACCUCCUCUUCUUCCUCUGCUGCAGCUGCUGCUGCUGCGAGUUCACAAGGAGUUGUGGUGGGAGCGGGAGGAGCAGUGUCAGCAGCAGGAGGGGGGAGAGAGGUGCUGAGGAGUCGCGGAGGGAUGGGGGCAAGCACAGGACAAGCAGGAGGGGCAGGAGGGGCAGGAGGAGCGGGAGCGGUGGGAGGUGUGGGAGGAGGGGGUGGAGGGGAGAGGAUGGCAGUGGUGGCAUGGGAAGUCGUACGCUUCAUCGAGACUUGUAUUCCUGCUGAUGUGCCCGGGACUCAGCUGCUUCUAUCCCAAACAGAGAAGGCAGUAGCAGAUUCUUUCCAAGACUCCCUCACAGCAGAGUCCUACCUGGGCGCUCUCACCACCACCUCCACCCUCUUCAGCUCUCCCACCCUCCGCCCCUCCUCCUCCUCCUCCACCUCCUCCUCCUCCGGCCGCCCAUCCUCCUCCUUAGCACCACCAUCCACUGCAACUGCAUUCGGUACCAAUGCUGCUUCUAACACUCCUUCCGGUCCUGCUGCUGCUGUCACUUCUGCUGGCAUUUCUCCGAUCCUAGGGGCCAUGCCCCCUCCUGCUACAUUGCCAUAUGAUGAUGGUAGAGAGGGAGGAGGGCGAGAACGUUCAACAUAUGUCCGCCAGUCAGCGUUCGAGGCGCAGGGAUCUGCCUGGUCAGGACACGGAGAAGGGGAGUCAAGAAGGCGAGGCGAGGGGCAAGGAGAAGGGAACAAGGGGCGAGAGGAAGGGCAGGGAGAGGGGGUUGCGGUGGUGGAGGAUGAGGAGAGGGAGACGUUUUCAUACCUGGAUGAUGAGCGGUUCAAUGAGUGCACUCAGCUGCUUAAGCGGCAUGCCCCUCGGGAUCUGCUCCCCUUCAUGUUCAGACACGGCCGCUACCGCUCCGCCUGCUGGCUUAUCUUCUUCCCUCCUCCUCCUCCCCACCCUUCCUCCUCCUCCUCCCCUUCUCUCACAUCCACCCCCGAGCACAACAGCAUCAGUAGCAGCAGCACCACCACCACCGCCACCGGCACUCUUCCUAACCCCUUGGCACCUCAGCCACCUGCUUUUUCGCUCAGCCCGGCUUGGCCCUUCCUGUCCUCAUUAUUAGACUGGGAUCCGUUAAAGUCAGAGCACGCUACUGUAGAAGAGCUGUGCGCACUGUGUGUAUCAUACGGAGCUGUCGAGGUGCUGGAAAGAGUGGUGGCAGAGGCACUAGGAGGGAGUGCGGCAGGAGGAGCAAAUGGUGCUGGUGGUACUGGUGCUGCUGCUUCUGGUGGUGGUGGUGGUGCUGCUGCUGCUGCUGCUGGUUGGAGUGUUAUAUCUGUUGCACCAUCAUCAUCAGCAGCAGCAUCGCCAGCGUCAGCAGCAUGGGCGAGUGCCAAUGUCAAGUGCAUGGCGGCUCUUUCCCGCAUCUGCACUUUCUUUGAGUCUCAAAAGAACUUCCACUUCCUAUUCCGAUUCCUUCUGCUAGCUAAAGACUACGUGGCAGCAGGGCUGUGCAGCAUCCAGCUCUUCCUCUACUCGCCCGAUCUUCGCACCGCAGCAACGCACCUGCAGCAGGCACAGCUGCUCUUUGAGAAGGGAACGGAGGCCAGGCAGAACGCAGCAGCAGACCUGGCAGCAUCAAUCGGCCCUCUUGCUGCUGCCGGCAAGAGACUCACCGUGGAGGUGGUGCGGGUGGUGGGGGCGUGCAGUGGCAGGGACAGCAGCGGCGUGCCUCUCGUGGCGGCUGCCCGUAAGGCCCCGUGGAGCGUGGCGCUGUUUGGUGCUCCCAGUGACGGCCGGACCAGCAAGCGCCGAGUCGAAAUCUAUGCCAGCGUGGCAGCCUUGCUGGCGGAGAAGCAGCAGCACCGCGUGCUGUUUGAGGGGCUCAUGGACCGGAUCAAGUACAUGCUGCCGCCCGCUGACAUGGAUGAGGUGAUUGGAGCAGCAGUGAUGGUCUACACCCACACUGCUGUCAAGCUCUCUACUCUCUCCCUGACCUUCACCGGGCGGCAAGACAUGUCCCGAUCUGUGAAGCUGCCAAAGGAGCAGAUCGACCGACUCAUCCACAUGCUGUCAGACGAGCACAACCUCACUUGCUCCCUCAUCAGGCAUGGCCUCUCGGGCACGGGGCACAGCAGCCACAGGCCCUGCGGUAACCAUCUUGCCACUCCUGGGAGUGGCUGGCUGGCUGGCGGCUCAGUGUGUGGUGAUUGA